AUGGAUCUUAAACGAAAACAAAUAAUUAAAGCCAAACAAAAAUUAAGGAAGAAGCCAGCCGAAGAUCAGUUCUCCACACUGACUGAUGAUGAGGUGUCCGUGUUAUUCUGUUUUCUGUGUUCUGACUCCGGUCCUCCUGACUUCUCUGACACAGAAUGGCUGGACUUGAUUAAUAAGUUACCACGGAGAGUGCACUAUAAAUCUGUCACACAUGAGGAAGCACAGGAAACUCUGGAUAGAUUGAAGUCACGUGAUUACCUUUGGGGAGGUCAGGAUAAGAUCACAAAGGACACAAAGGAUGAGACAAUGUAUAGGAUAGCAUCAAUUGACAGUCGUAUACCAUUCCAUUACAGUAGUUAUAACAUAGCCAGUGUGUACCUGCGAUCAUACAGAUACAACAGAAAACCUGGAGAGAAGUCUGUCAUUAGUAGAACAAACUCUGAUGAUUCCUUACUGAUUCGCCGUCUACAGAUGAACAUACUGACUCACGUCACCAUGGUGGACACGGAUAUAUAUGCUGAGAUACACCAGAUAUUGAAAAUCCCAGCAAAUAUGUUAAAGAGCAACAAAUAUAAACGAAAAGAAUUUUUAAAAGAUCUGAGACAAGAAGGGAAAGUUGAAGACUACAGGGGACGAUCACCGGACGGUGUAAAUUACGUGAUGUGGCUCUGGAGAUACGACCGUGAAGCGAGACCUGACAUCGUGAGAUCUUGUAUAGGUCUACAUCCACACUGGGACCUUUACAUCAUCGACAACAAAGCUUACAGAAAACAAAAUAAACAUCAUACUUAUUCACCAGAAGUCAGGUGUCUAUUGUACUGCUUACUGCUAACUGAAAAAUAUCAGCUGAAUUUCAAAAAACAAUCACACAGGAUCCUAAAAGGCAAAAUCAGAGAAAGAUAUUUCUCUAAUAUUACUGAAAAAGACUUGAGAGAUCUUCCAGAUGAAAUCACAGAAACACAUAAUGGUGUGAUAACGUUUAAAUCAGACGACAUCAGACAUGACGUCAUGUACGCCUUCGUUACGGAGUGUCUGGUGGAGGACAGAGAUUUGGAUUUUUUCCUGACCUCGGCGUCACAUGACGUUAUAUCAGAAUACUGCCGGUCCUGGUAUUAUAAGAGGAGUGAGGGAGAGAGAUGUCUGUAUGUACCGGACAUACCGGAGAAGAUGUACGACCUCCUUAUAGACAAACUACAGCUGGACAUCAUCUCACACUGUACCACGUCUGACGGGAGGAUUCAUGACAAAAUCAGUAAACGUUUAGGAGUCCCAGAAGAAAUACUAAAAUGGGACCAGGAGGCCAGAAAACGGUAUGUGGAGUGCGCUAAGAGAGGAACACAGACAGUCCAUCACGCCCGGGGGAUGAUUGUAGGAUGUGCUGGGGCGGGGAAAACCACGCUACUUAAACGUCUGCUCGGUUGUAGUGAAAAGGAGAUAAAGAAAAUAAAAUCUACUGAGGGAUUGGAGGUGCAUGAGGAAAUAUUUGAUAUUUGUGAUAAAACAAGAUCAUUAAAAGCGCGACAAAUAAACAAUGAUGAUAAAAAUGGAGAAGACUCUGCUACAAAUGUUACCGCUAAGGCGCUUACUUUCUUUGACUUUGGAGGACAGUGUGCAUACUACGCCUGUCACCAGAUUUACCUGACCAGGAGAGCUUUCUAUGUUGUGGUGGUGGACGCCUCUAAACGUCUUGACCAGAAGGUGGAUAAGAAAGUAUGUGAUCAAGACGGAAGCGUAUUUUCUGGAUGGACCUAUGGAGACUACUUUGUGUUCUGGAUGAAGUCAAUACAUACCUACUGCAGUUCUGAGAAUGAUAAGGAGCUGAAGCCCGUGGUCUUAAUUGUGGCGACUCAUUGGGAGGAAAAAAUCCGACAGUUUAAAGAUAAACACGCCUUUAUGGACAGUCUUCAUCAACAGAUCCCAAAGAAUUGGAAUUUAUCACAAUAUAUCGUAGAAAAUAACUGUUAUUGUAUACAGUUUCCAAUCGAACCACUUCACAGUCUAUCAGAGCGCAUUUGUGAUAUUGCAAAUCAUCAGCGAUGGAAAGAAACUAUUCCAAAAGAAUGGGCCUUCCUUGAAUUAGAAAUUAAAAUAAGAAAACAUUCAGAGAGGACUUUAAAAAUUCAAGAUCUUACUACUAAAAUUGCUGUUGGCAUCAACACCAAUAAUCCAAACGGAAAAUUGACAAAUGAGAGCGAUAUGUUACGAUACUACCAUGACGCAGGAAAGGUUCUUUAUUUUAAUGAGGAGGGACUUAAGGAGUAUUUCAUUAUUGACGUUCAGUGGUUUAUCGACGCUUUCAAAAACAUAAUCACUGACAAACUUCAUUUUAAAGGUAUUCCUGUGGCCCGCAUAGAUUGGGAGGAGUUCUACAGGACAGGAAAUUUGGAGGACCAACUUCUGACAGAGAUCUGGAUGGAUGAAGAUAAAAGAUUAUUUGAAAAAUACCCAAACGAAAAAGAGCGAAUCUCUUUCGGAGGAUGGAUUUCAAAUCCCCGAUAUUUACUCUACCAUAAAACAGAACUCCUCAGUUUUAUGCAAAGACUUGGAUUGAUGGCUGUUGGAAACAAAUCGCACUAUGUUCCGUGCAUGAACAGGAAAGAAAUAGAGAAAGCUAUUCCUGAUCUCAUUCAGAGAUCGAAAAGUAAAACAUCUGUCCUGAUCUACAGGUUUAGCUUCUUACCAUUUUUCCUCUUCUUCCGCCUCGUUGUGUCUUGCAUGCAGUUAAAAGACUGGAAAAUAUUAAUCACUGAUGGAACAUCCUGUCUGUAUAGAAAUGCGGCUUUGUUUUCUGUAAAAAAAUACAAUAUUGUCCUUUCUGUUACGGAAUCAUCAAUACAGCUACAAAUAUUUCACCCUGUUCCAAGAUGUUCUUUAGAAAAAGAUAAAACAUACAAAAUUCAAAAUAUUAUAGAGGACAUCUUAAAUGACAUUUCGGGGACUUUUCACAGAAGCAUUUUAUAUGAAAGAGGCUUUAAAUGUCGAGAAGACGGGGGACAGGUUAUUGCUGUAGAUAUCGAAGGACAAUAUGUGCAGGACAAAUAUAUUUGUGAAAAAGAUGGUGAAAUUAUUUGUCCACUGCAUCCAAUUAAAGAUCAGCAUUUCAUAAACACCACAGAAAUGUCAGAAUUCUGGAACAUAAGAAAACCGUGACAGUUC